AUGAAGGAAGGGAUUAUUCUCGGUCACAAAAUCUCUGAAAAGGGGAUUGAGGCCGAUCAGGCUAAACUUGAUGUAAUUGCAAAGCUUCCUCCACCCAUCUCAGUUAAAGGUGUCCAGAGUUUCUUGGGAGAUGCUUGGUUCUAUAGGAACUUUAUUAAAAAUUUCUCCAAGAUUGCGAAUCCUAUGUGCAAGCUUCUUGAAAAAAAGGCUAAGUUUGACUUUGAUGAAAAGUGCAGAAAGGCGUUUGACGAAUUGAAGGAGCGUCUUACUUUUUCUCCCAUUAUUAUUGCACCAGAUUGGUCGCUCCCUUUUAGGUUGAUGUGUGACAUAAGUGGUUUCACUAUUGGGGUUGUGCUUGGUCAGAGGCAUAACAAAAUCAUGCCCUAA